GGAAGAUUUUGAAAGAAAGAAGCAAUGUCAUUCAACGGUAGGAGCUAUAACAUCCAAUCAAAACAACCAAAAAGUCUUGGCUUUUCACGCGGCGGAUGGUUGAUUCCUUUGCCGAUGAUAAGAUUCCGGAUAUGCCUUGGAAGAAGAUUCGUGAAAAUUCAUAAUGAAGAAAUUGGAACACGUAAGGGAUCAGGAAAUGGGUAUAAAUAUGAAGGGAGACAGGAGCCGGAAGACACUAAUGAAAGUGAAAGGGAGAUGAAGGUGAUCAUGAUCAGUAAAGCUGUAAUAUUAAUUUGGUUGAUUUUGUUUGGGCUGAGUUGUGCAUCCAAAAAAGAUACCCAAAAUGAGGGGAUAAUGGAUGGAAACAGGACGAGGUCGAAGGUGAAUUUGAUACACGUAGGAGCAGUUGUUGAUGAGCUGACUCCAUCCAUCGGUGGGGCGGCACAAAAAUGCAUCACAAUGGCACUGGCGGAUUUCUAUGCGGCGCAUCCCAAUAAUCGCAACAACUUGGUCGUACAUUUUAGAGAUUCACAGGACGUGGUUGACGCAACCUCAGCUGUGGUGGAUUUAGUGAAGAACGAAGAAGUGCACGCAAUAAUAGGGCCAGAAAGUUCGAGCGAGGCAACGUUCAUGAUAAAGCUAGGCGAAAAAGCCAGCGUCCCCAUAGUUUCGUUUUCGGCCACAAGCCUUUCGAUUUCGCCAUCGCAGAGCCCCUUCUUCAUUCGAACUUAUGACACCAUUUGGGCCUUGGCUCUGGCGGCUGAGCGGAUUGGAGAAGUCACCCAUCUGGGGUUUCUGAAGCCGCGCGACGGUAAUGAUGCGAAAACAGAUAUUGAUAACUUGGGGGUCUCGGAGGUUGGUCCGAAGCUGUUGAGGGAGAUUUCGAAUGUUCGAUUUCAGGGUUUGAGUGGGGAUUUCCACUUGGUGGAUGGGCAUUUGCAGCCCUCGGCAUUUGAAAUCUUCAAUGUGAUUGGGAGAGCGGAGAGAUUAAUUGGGUGCUGGACUCCCGAGAAGGGUAUCUGCCGAAACAUAGCCGAUGAUAUUGAUAACAAACCCAGUGGACACAAAUACUCUUCCUCGGUCAGUAAGCUGAAGAAGAUAAUAUGGCCUGGAGACUCCAUCACUGCACCAAAAGGCUGGGCUGUGCCUGCAGAUGGCGAAAAAUUUCGAAUAGGAGUUCCCAGAAAACAGGGGUUUAACGAGUUUUUGGAUGUGACCAGAAACCCUGACACGGGAGAGCUUAAUUUUACUGGAUUUUGCAUAGACGUGUUCAGGGCUGUUGCAGAUGCUUUGCCUUUCCAUCUUCCUUAUGAAUUUGAACUCUUCAGGGAUGAAGCUGGGGACAGCUCGGUUAUUUAUGAUGACCUCCUGCACCAACUCAACGAUAGCGACAAGAAAUUCGACGCGGUGGUAGGAGAUAUUACGAUUGUGGCCAGCAGAGCAAAUUACGUAGAUUUCUCAUUGCCAUAUACCGACUCGGGCGUCACAAUGCUGGUGCCAAUCAAACACAUCAUGCAACAUAGUAUGUGGGUUUUCUUAAAGCCUCUGAGCUUGGAUCUAUGGCUUACCACAAUAGCAGCCUCCAUAGCAACAGGGAUUGUUCUACUAAUCUUAGAGCACGGUGGAAGAAGAGAAUCAUUGCAGCCAUUGGAGCUACUUUCCUUAAUUCUUUGGUUUCCCUUCUCCUCCUUGGUUCUCCCUGAAAGACAAAUAGUGACCAAUAAACGGUCUAGGUUUGUGCUAGUGGUUUGGCUGUUUCUUGCGUUUGUCCUAAUGCAGAGUUACACGGCAAGCUUGUCUUCAAUCUUAAUGUCAGAUCAGCUCCAGCCCAAGUAUUUUAGCGUGAAUGAACUUAUAUCCAAGGGUUACUACGUUGGAUACCAAGAGGGUUCCUUUAUAAAAUCUUUGUUGACAGAGCAGUUGAAAUUUAAUGAAUCCAAGCUGAAAUCAUAUGCAAACGUGGAGGAGUAUCGAAAGGCAUUGUCUAAAGGAAGUCAAAAUGGUGGCGUUGCUGCAAUCUUCGAUGAAAUCCCUUACCUCAAGAUCUUCCUUACGAAAUAUGGCUCCGAUUUCAUCAUGGCUGGUCCUAUAUACCGAACAGACGGAUUUGGCUUUGCAUUUCCACUAAAUUCGCGGUUAGUACCUUAUGUAUCAAGAGCAAUAUUGAACGUGACAGAGGGAGAGAAAAUGGAGUCAAUUUCAACGAAAUACUUUGGAGCUGGAAAUCAAAAUCAAGACAGCUCAAUCUCAUCCCCCGACAGUAGUCCAUGUUUGGAGGUUUCCAGCUUCGGGGGGCUCUUUAUAAUCACCGGGAUAGCGCUGCUGCUGGCUUUGAUCGGCUCCAAAGCCUUCAUCUGGCAAAAGCCUGCCUCUGUCGCCAAGACAUACUUCAGAAAAUAUGUGUCCUUUCAACAGCUUUGUGAGUGUGAUGAGAAGGUUAAGGAAAUGGACGACAUGUCGAAAUCCUCGCCCAAAGCCGACACGUCGGAGCUGGCUGCAUCUGUAUCAAGUGAUGCAGGUUCAGAUCAUGCCUGCCACGAUGGAACYGCUUCUACUCCUGUAAAGCACACCACUAGCUGAAAUUUGUUUUACUUUCAAAAAUAAAAUCCUUCCCUGGAAGCAAAAUUUGAGAACUAUUAUUUAAUUCUCAACAUGUUGAUCUUARUAUAAUUUUUGAUCGGUA